CCGCACGCCCCGGAAGGGGCGGGGUCGCCGUCGGGGCGGGAGCGAUGGCGGCGGCGGCGCUGCAGCGGGUGGCGGACGUGGAUAUCGACGAUGGCGGCGUGUUCAAGUACGUCCUGCUGCGUGUGCGGCACCGCGCUGCCGGCGCCUCGGAGCCCGGGAAGGAGGUGGUGCGCGGGCACGGCUGGGCCGAGUACCACGCCGAUAUCUACGACAAGGCGGCGGCCGAGCUGGAGCCGCAGGGUUUCGACUGCGAGUGCCUGGGCGGCGGCCGCAUCUCCCACCAGAGCCAGGAGAAGAAGAUCCACGUCUACGGGUACUCGGUGGGCUUUGGGCGAGCAAAUCACUCUGUAACUACAGAGAAGCUGAAAGCCAAGUAUCCAGACUAUGAGAUCACCUGGGCAGAUGAAGGCUACUGAUGUGACCUGGCAAGGCAGCAGCACCAGCCCGCAGCUGGUGGGAUCGCUUCCAGCACUCACAAAAUGGCAGCGGGGUCUCUGUGCUCAGCAAUGCCCUGAGCUCUGCUGGGCUUCUCUCUUGAACUCGCUGCACUGAUGAGCUUCCAUCCUCUGGGGGAACUCGCCCAUCUCUGCUGUCACCACACUUCCCAUGUGCCAUGGACUAUUCCCAUCUCCCUGCCACGGAGCCACAAAGCCUGCGGGCAAAGUCCUUACCUGGGUGAAGCUGGUGGGCGCUCGGCUUCCCCUGUGGCAAGCAUUUGUCCAUGUAUAUGUGAGAAUUAAACAUGUUGGGGAGCGCCGCUG